AUGUCGGAUCAGUCGCCUGCUUCGAAACGGCUCCGGUUGGGCUCGCUUGCGGACGGCUUCCGCAGUGGUGGAAGAAUACGUCCGUUCGCUGAUUUGAGUACGGGCCGUGCAGCUGGGCAGCAGCAGCAUGCCGCAGCACAGCAGACAGCCAUGCAAAUAAAUUCAGCGGGGCCCGCAGAGGCAGCUGCUGCAGAUACACAGCUGGAGGGGCAGCACCAGGGUGCUGAUGCUUCUGCUGCAGAAGUACGGGAGAGAUGGCAGCGGCAGAAAGCUGCACAGCGUGCGGCAGCCCUUCCUGAACUACGGUUGUUGCAGCGGCAGCAGGACGCUGCACGGCACGCAGCUGCACGUGCUGACCCGGAGGUGAGGGCACAGCAGCGGAUGCAUGACACAGCACAGCAUGCUGCUGCACGGGCUGACCCGGAGGUGAGGGCGCUCCAGCAGCAGCGGAACACAGCACAGCAUGCCGCUGCACGUGCUGAUCCGGCGGUGAGGGUGCUCCAGCAGCAGCGGAACACAGCACAGCAUGCCGCUGCAUGUGCUGAUCCGGAGGUGAGGGCGCUCCAGCAGCAGCGGAACACAGCACAGCAUGCGGCUGCACGUGCUGAUCCGGAGGUGAGGGCGCUCCAGCAGCAGCGGAACACAGCACAGCAUGCGGCUGCACGUGCUGACCCGGAGGUGAGGGUGCUCCAGCAGCAGCGGAACACAGCACAGCAUGCGGCUGCACGCGCUGACCCGGAGGUAAGGGUGCUUCAGCAGCAGCGGAACACAGCACGGCAUGCAGCUGCACGCCAGGUGCAGCAGCAGAAUCAGCAGGCCACUCCUAAGGAUACCCUCUUGGCUCGCAUGCACCGCCUCCUGCGGUUCGCGAACCUUCAUGGUGAUGACGCCAUUGAUUUGCCCGAGUUUCUGUUGGCACUUCCAGAGGGCCGCGUGCAGGACCUUCCUGGCGGUCAGUUACCGCCUGACAGGCAGGUACCCUACACCGUGCAGCUGCACUGUGCGUCGACCAUGGCUGCUGCCUUGCGCCGGCGCAUGCCCUCCCGUGUCUGUGCUGUGUGCUCAGAGGUGUGCUCGGAGGACCAGUCGACGGUGCUGCACUGGAUGGAGAUUCCCAACGUUGACAUUUUACGUGCAGACGUCAUGUGUACGGACGCUGUGCAGCGCUGGGGGCAUACUCUGGUGUGGCGGCGGAUGGCGCGUACAGCUCAGGGAGACGCACCACUGCCACCUGACCCAGUCCUGCCUGCUCGGUAUCGUGUUAGCCGGGCUGAGCGGGAUGGUGCUGUGGAUGAGGACGGCGGCAGUGGAGCAGGCAGGCUGGUAGAUGAUGCAGUGGAAGGAGCAUUAGAGGUGGAUGGGGAUGCUCCGGGAACCGGCGGUUCAGAGUCAGCGACGACUGAGCAGCAGCCGCCUGAUCAGCUUCCAUCGGAUCAACAGCCGCGCCCCCCGCGGGUGCUGCCCAGAGCCUGUCUGGACGACCCCUCCAGUGUUGAGGUGCCGUAUUGCAUGCGUCUGGAGCCGGACCUGCCCAACCGCACUAUGCUGGUUGGUGAUGGCGCUACAGAACGCAUCUUCGUAUGCAACAUCUGCCACAAGGCCCUGAGCGCUCGGCGAGUCCCCGAAGCUGCACUGGCGCGCCUGGACCCUGGUGAUGUGCCGCGCGUCAAUCAUCUGGGUGACCCUCUGCCGUCCCCCACUUUCUUGGAGGGGCAGCUUCUGGGCCGCGGCCGCAUCGUCCAGCAGUUGCUCAUCAUGUACCUGGCAGACCGACCGCCGGACGUCUUCCCGCGUGCUGUAAAGACUCACGGCAUUGGGGUCGUAAAUCCUGACCCGAAUAUGCUGCGAGCACAGCUGCCGGCGCGGGCAUCUGACCUGGCCGGCGCUAUCACAGUUGUCUGUGUCGACCAGGUUCGCAGCCGGGUGGAGCUGCUAGAACGCAUGCGAAAGGCGCCAGGUCUUCAGGUGCGAGGACAGGUCAUCGUCGCCUGGGUCCGUUUUUUGCAGCACAACGAUGAGGAGGAGCUGGCUAUUGAUGAGGAUGCUCUGCAGGAGUACGAGCGCAUGGGCUGUGCUGCAGGCGUGCCGGACGAAAUCUUGCAUGCCGCCCUUGCACCAACGGAUCCGGAGGUGGCGAACGUUCUCCGCACCACCUUCCUGCACGACCGCACGGCUGCGGCACCUGACGUGGAUACUGCAGGACCCGUGCAACCUACGCUGGCGGAUCCGACCCCGAAUGCAGGACAGAACCCUGGGCCGGGGCCAUUCACCGCCAUCCUGCGGGAACCUGCCGACCAGCCAGCUGAAGGUGCGCCAGUCGAUCCGGCAGCUGCCACUCUGGACGAGCUGGAGCUGAUCCUGCCACAGCCGUCGAAUGUGGGUGAUGAUGGCAGCGAAAUUGACCCCUUCCCGGGCCGAGUGGAGGACCUUCUGACUGGCCGCGCACGGCUUGCGUUUGCGGCUGGUGGCCGUGACAGCCACGUGCUGGAUGACCGUCAUCCCGCCAUCCUUACCCUUUGCUUCCCCCAGUCCUUCCCGUACGGCUUUUCUGGUCAGCGCCCCCGCGGCAUGUCUUUUCCGGCGUAUUGUCGCCACCUGCGGCACCGCGUGCCGCGGACACAAUUCGGCGGCAAUCUCAUGCUGCUGGCAUGCAUGUACGACAUCUGCGUGCGCCACGAAAGCAUGGCGCAAGUGGGCAUCACCAUGAACAUGCGGCCGCAUCUUGGCGAACCAGCGGCGUGUGUGCCGCGUGAUGUAAUCCGUGCUAUGGGCACCAUACUGGCGCUGCCGUAUCGGCACUCGCAGCGGCGGCAGCUGCUUGCGCAGCAGUCGCCGCUGGUUAAGGCGCUGGUGGAGGGGGCCCGCCUCAGUACUCUGCGUCUCGACCUCACAGACGCGUAUUACAACGGUGCCCGAUCCAAGAUGCGUGCAGCCGCCCUCACCAUUGGCUGGCCCCCGCUGUCCUUCACCGUAAAUCCGGCAGAUAUGCAUGCAGCCUGUGCAGUCGUGGCCUCCGGACAGGUGUUGGACUUCGACAAUGAUGGACGACCGCAACAUAUCCCGAGCACGGUGGAGAAGUGGCGGCGUGUGAAGGAUGACCCGUACAGUUGCGCCGCCCUGCUGGUGGCCACCAAGGAGGUUCUGGUGGAGGAGCUCUUCGGCUUCGCGCCGGGCGCCAUGCAGCAGACAAACCCGCGCUGCUUCUGUGGGCUCACAUUUGAGGUGGCGGUCAAGGUGGAGCAGAGCGGCCGCCUCGCCCUGCACAUCCAUGGUGUUGCGCAUGUGGCCACGUUCGCAGUCGAGCGCCUUCAGGCGCUGUUCAGUGGACCCAACUGCCGAGCGCUGGCCCUGGCAUACGCCCUGUGCGCCAUGUGGUAUCCCUCGCCGUACUAUGACCCUUUCGUCUGCGGUGCAGAACACUACGUCAUGGACAUGACCGUCGAAGAGGUCCAGCAGCAUGGCCGUGCGCCUCCGCCCGUUGACAAGUCCUGCCCGCCUGCAGCAUAUGAUUUUGGCAGGCUGGCCGGCUGUGCAGAUGAUAGCUGUGGCAUGGCAUUCCCUCGUGUCCUGCACAGCGCCUUCCAGUGGAUUGGCACCGGCGGCCUCUUCCUUCUGCCGCGAUUGGGCCCGAACAUUGUACCGCACAUGCCAGCUGCAGCGCUGGCAUUUGGGUGCAACCAGCUGUUUAGUCUGGCGUGCGAGGUGGAUCGCGUCUACACGGCAGAGGCAGCAGCACAACUGGCCCGCCCUGAAGAUGAACGGGGGGACUGUGUGCUGCUGCAGCCUGCUGCUGACCGCGCCCGCGAUGUUGCCUACUACAGCACGAAGUACACUGGCAAGAGCAUCAACGACAGCCAGGCGCAGCUGACAUGCAACGCUCUUACCCGAGUGCAGGAUUUCCUGCUAGCUGGAAGGACGCCGAAUCCGAUGCGGAUCAAGGAUCACGAGUUUGGCCACACCACCGCCGACACGUGGUACUACCAUGGCGCCCGAUACAUCCUCCUUGAUACAACUGCUGCCGAUGCCGGAGCGAGCCACAACAACGAGGUGGAAGCCUGCGGCCUGCUUGAGGAUGGCCGCGAGCCAGCAGAUGACGGCCGUGGCCCCUAUCGCCGGCUCAAGUACCUUCCAGCGGCCGUCAUUGUGCGGCCUAUAAGCGGCCACAUCCCCGGCACCGUGCUGCAGGGCCUUGCAGACUACGCCAGCAGGGGUGGUGCCUUCAUCCUGUCACCCCGGGCGUCUUGCAUUGCCGAGGUCGACAUGCCUGCCGCCGGGUACGGCACCAUCACAAAGCAGAUCCGGCGCCUCAACGUACCGCUCGGCGACCGCCAGGCGGUCACCGAUUACUUCGUGCAAGGCCGCAGCUUCAAAGACGAGUGCUGGCUGGUGGAUCUCGCUGUCCCACCCAACGGCAUCAAGCGCGCCACCCUGUAUGUGCUGCUGACCCGCUUCAAGACGCUGGACCACGUCGUCUGCUCCGGCCGCUCUACACUACACCGCACGAGCGCAAGAGGAUAA